AUGCCAGGUGAGGGCCAGACCAAUUCUACCCAAAACCUGCACACUGCAGAAGAAUCAUUUAGUACUCUAACGCAACCAAAAUCACCUGUCAAAGUCAAAAAUGAUACGCCACAUCCAAUUGUUAACGGAAAUCCACAGAAUUUUUUGGAAUACUCGGAGCAUAACAAAAAUGACCACGAAGCGUCAUUCCGUAAAUAUGAUACAAAUUCCACCGACAAUCAUAUCAAACCGGAAGAAGUGAAGACAAUUAAUAAUAUAAACCACUCACACGUACCUCAUCAACCGAAUGAGCAAACGUUGAUUAAUAAUGAUGAGCAAAAUGAGUUAAAUAACGAAGAACAAGCCCAGGUGCAAGAUUAUCUGUACUACAACCCAGCGAACACCACCCUGCUUCAUAAGAUUCUGAACGAAGGAGGAUGUAUAGAUGAGAUACUAGCAAUGUCCAGGACAGGAGUUAAUGUUAAAUUCAAGAAAUCUGAAAUAAAAAAGAUAGUAGAAGCAGUGGAUCAGCCUAAGAUUUUAGUGGGACAAUCUAAACCAUACCAAAUAGAAGGACUCAAGUGGCUUGUAGGACUGUAUGUGAAAGGAUUAAACGGAAUCUUGGCAGAUGAAAUGGGACUAGGAAAAACGUUCCAAACAAUCAGCUUUCUAGCCUAUUUAAAGGAAACAUUUGGUGUACAUGGACCUCAUAUGGUAUUGGCACCAAAAUCAACGAUAGGGAAUUGGAUAUCUGAAAUAAAUAGGUUUUGCCCCUCAUUAAGAGUACUCAAGUUUAUUGGGAACAAGGAAGAAAGAACACAACUAAUUGCAUAUGAAUUAGAUCCAGAGAAAUAUGAUAUCUUUGUGACAUCAUAUGAAACGUGCUGUAAAGCUAAAGGACCACUAGGGAGACUGAAUUGGAAGUAUUUAAUAAUAGAUGAGGCUCACAGAAUAAAGAACGAGGAAUCUAAGCUAAGUGAAGUCGUUAGACUUUUUAGAACAGAGUAUAGAUUAUUGAUAACCGGAACCCCUCUUCAAAAUAAUUUGAAGGAGUUAUGGGCACUACUGAACUUUUUGUUCCCGGUGGUUUUCUCUUCGUCUGAGGAGUUUGAAACUGUUUUUGACCUUGUUGGACCAAAAGAGUUGACACAGGAGGAAAGAGAAGAGCGAAAUCUACAAAUUGUGGCGAGACUGCACGGGAUAUUGAGACCGUUCAUGCUAAGAAGAUCAAAGAAGGAUGUGCUCAGUGAUAUGCCUCAAAAAAACGAAUUAUUGUUAAUGGUUCCACUAUCUGCAAUGCAAAAGCAACUUUACCGUGAUUUGUUGAGAAAAAACGUACCAGAACUAGGUGUAGAUGAUAACACAAAGUCAGGCAUUCAUGUACAAUUACUUAAUUUGGCAAUGCAACUUAGAAAAGCAUGUAACCACCCAUACCUGUUCGAAGGAUAUGAAGACAGAAACGAGGACCCGUUUGGAGAACAUGUAGUACAAAACUCAGGGAAGCUGAGUUUGGUAGAUAAACUCAUUCCAAGGUUACUUGGUAAUAGUAGUAGGAUACUGAUAUUUUCACAAAUGGCAAGAAUGCUUGAUAUUUUGGAAGACUACUGUAGGAUGAGGAAUUACCUCUAUUUUAGAAUUGACGGUAAUACAAGCAGUGAGGACAGAGACUACCAAAUUUCAAGCUUUAACCAGCCAGAUAGUAUGGUUAAUAUUUUUCUUUUGAGUACGAGGGCCGGAGGUCUUGGAAUUAAUCUCGCAACAGCAGAUGUAGUAAUCUUGUAUGACUCGGACUGGAACCCGCAAGUUGACUUACAAGCAAUUGACAGAGCACAUCGUAUAGGCCAAUUAAAACCAGUUUACGUAUACAGGCUGGUUCAUCAGUAUACAAUAGAGGAGAAGAUAAUAGAGAGAGCAACCAUGAAAUUACAGCUUGAUACAGCCGUAAUUCAGCAUGGAAGGUUGGCUCAGAAGGAGCUUCUGCAAAUGGUACAAUACGGAGCAGGUCAUAUUUUCAAAGCGGGAGAUGAAGCAAUCACGGAUGAAGAUUUGGAUGUGAUUUUGAGUAAGGGUCAGGAGAGGGCCAAUUUAAUGAACCAAAAACUCAUCUCAAAUACUAAGAAACAUUUACUGGACUUCAGCACAUCAACGACCAGUAAUAUUUAUGGGUAUCUGGACGAUGAUGAAAAUGAAGAAGAUAAAGAGGCUUGGAGUAAACUUGAGGCUCUAAAGGUACAAAGCGAAGCAUUAAUAGAGCGUGAAUCGAGAAGAAAACUUAGGAUAGCAAAGGAACAGAUGGAACUAUACACCUCAAAUAAGUCUGACAAGCCGCUACUUUUACCGGAAUAUCAAUUCUUUGAUAAUGUCUCAUUGUUAGCUUUGAAUAAAAAGGAGAUUGAAAUUGGACUUACAGAAGAGGAACAACAACAAAAAGAUGAACUUUUAUCCAAAGGCUUUUCCAACUGGUCAAGAAAAGAUUUCAAUAACUUUAUCAAAGCCAAUGUUAUGUACAGUAGAUAUGACAUUAAUUCAAUAGCUUCAUUUAUUGAUGGAAAAACAUAUCAAGAGGUUGAACAGUAUAGCAAGACCUUUUGGCAAAAGUAUAAUACACUUCCAGACUGGGCUAAAUAUAUUAAAAAAAUUGAACAAGGAGAAGAAAAUUUGCUAAAGAUACACCAACUUCAUCAAACAAUUGUGGAGAAACAAAAACAGCUCAAGAAUCCAUGGGUUGGUACGGAAGUACUAUUCUCAGCACACCGUGGAAAAUCUACAUUCUCAGAAGAUGAAGAUCGGUUUCUGAUGAACAUAAUAUCACUAUUCGGAUACGAAAAGUGGAGUGUAUUAGUUGAAUUGAUUCGACUUGACCCGAAAUUCCAAUUUAACCUGUUUUUCAGAUCUAGAAACGCGAUAGAUAUUUCCAAAAGAGCUGAUUAUAUUAUAAAACACAUUUCCAAAGAGGUUAGCCUACACCUUGAAGCUACUAAAGUUGGAUCAGGAGAGAGACCGUCCAAGAGAGGUAGGAAGGAUCACUCAACACCAGUGUCAACCCCAGUCAAUAAUUAA